GUGUAUCUCGUCGACUGCAUAGGCAACACCUAUUACUACCUGACUUCCUUCACUGGAACACUCUCGUUGCUCUUGGUGCCCUCGUUAAGGACACGCCAACCACCAACACCAUGCAGCUUAAUAUCGUUCUGGGCACCGUCACUUUGUCCAUCGGCAUGGACAGCUCAGUCACAGCAUCUCCCAUGCUCCCAGCACCCCCGACUCCACACCCUCUCUUUUCUAGACCUAACGCUGACUAUGGCCGCACCCAGGUCUUCGCGUAUGGUGUCAGAAAUCCCGGCAGCACGUGCACCCCGGGUGGAUUCCACCGUACACCUUACGAGAAGCCCGACGGCAUCACCUACCAGAAGGGUGGCAACUUUCUCCAAGCGGGACAUUGUUGUCUAUACUGACGGGUCCCAGAUGUCGGACGGCAGCAGCACC